AGGUCCUUGCUUUCCCACCUGGUCUGAUCAGCUACGGGUCUUUGGGGGGCCCUCUCCCCACUCUCAUUUGUUUUUGAGCAUACCCCCGUUUUUAAACUCCCCUCCUACGAACAACGAAUUUGUGCCUGGAGAUCUCCUGAUUAUUGGACAACCCACGUGUGGCCAUGUGGAACUUCCUGCUCCAGUCAUCUCCUCUCAGGCCCAUGUGACUGGCACCAUUUCAGCCAUUUUCAGUGUCCAACGCACCCUUCAGUGAACAGUUUGAUGGAGAAUCGGUCGGAUGACAGCAGGAACUGUUGUUAUCACCGGCGGAAUACUAGCAACCGUGAUCCUACUGUGUAUUAUUGCGGUGCUCUGUUAUUGUAGGCUACAGUAUUAUUGCUGCAAGAAAGAUGAAUCUGCUGAGGAAGAGGAGGAGGAGGAGGAGGAGCCGCCUGACCUUCCCACUCACUCAUACCUUACGACCUGCAAUGCCUGCAACUCUCGCAUCGUGGAUGGGCAGGGCAGCCCAGUACCACCACCCCACGAAUUUAACCAGCAGGGUGCUCGGAACUACUGCCCUACCUGUUCCCCCUACGGCUCGCCCUUUUACAUACGGACCGCUGACAUGGUGCGGAAUGGCGGUGAGAGGAUCACCUACACGCCCGCGUGCUACAAGGAAAUGGGGCCACCCAUCAAAAUGGCAACCCUCCAGAGUUACCCGAUGACCCGCCAUGGCAUCGUCCAUGAGACCUUUCCAAACCCGAGGGCUAUUAGUACAGACGUGUAAUCAGCAUUGUCACUAUCUCACAGGGUGCACCAAUGAGAUGGCCAUCGAGGGGUGGGGGCUCCAUUUAUUUCAGUGGGGUUUCUUGCAAAGGAGAGGAACCCUUGAACGAACAUCAACAGCUAAGUCAGAGACCCAGCGUGGUCCUGAUGUUGAUCUGUCCAGAUCACUGUAAGCUUUCAUGGGACAUUUGAAUGAACAGCUUGAACGUGGUGAUUUCUGAACCUAUCACAAGUGUAAUUAUUAUUCCACUGUAUCUACGGAAGGGACUUGUCUAACGAGGGCUAUGUACAGUACGGACUAACUUAAUUAUCAAGACACUUGUGACUCUCCUUAUUCCCUUGAGUCCUUAAUGAGGUCUUUGGUGUCUACACUAAACAAAUCCUACUUGUCACUUUCCAAGGCAAUACCACUGGCCUCCAGUAUGGAUGAACUGAGCACAUUCAGCAAGAGCAAGACAUCAUUCUGGGAGCUGUUGGCUCCAGCAAUGGCUGCAUUAGAAAGGAGGAAGAGAGAGAGGGUGAAGUCCAGCCACUCUUGCUUGAUGAAAGCUAAUGGAGAAGCAAAUAAACAAAUAGUUUGAUCA